AUUCAAUAGACGAUAUACCAACUAGAAAAAAAUGGCAUCUAAAUAUCAAAUCAAAUCAAUCAUAUUGAUUAUUUUGUUUAUCAUCAAUAUUGUAAAUUUUAUCCAAACAGAUAAUCAACAAAAUAAUGGUGGUGAAUCAUCGUAUUAUAAAUCGGCAAGAUUAACAAAAGAAUUUUUACCUAUUAAUAUUUCAAUGGAUACAUCAAAUUCAAUGGAUGAUGAUAAUAAUAUUAUUCCAAAUAUUACUGAUUCAAAUGGAUCGAUUAUGAUGAUAACAACAACAACAAAUCCAAUUUUAUCAACUGAAUUGAAUAAUAAUUUAAAUACAGAUACCGUUAUUAUGAAUUCAAAUGUUCAAAGUGAUAAUAAUGUAACAUCAAAUCAAACAUUCAUUUUACCAAUUGAUUUAUCCGCAUCCGCAUUAAAUAAUAAUGAAAAUCGUCUGCGAUGGAUAGAUUCAGGACGUCAUCAAGGUUUUCCACCAUAUAUGCCACCAGUUGCCGGUAUUCCAAGUGGAUUUCGUAAUCCAUUAAUAACAUCAUCAACAACAACAACAACUAAAACUAUGGCACCAAUAUCAUCAUCAUUCCCGGCAAUGAUAACAACAACUGAAGCUUCAAUCGAACAACUGAAUUAUAAUAAUAUUCCAAAUCAGAAUUUUCUUAUGACAUCAUCCGAUUCAUCGUCAUCAUCAUCGAAUUCAAUGACAUUUGGUUCAAUUGAUGAUGAUUUUCCAUACAGUACACCUAUGACAUCUGUAGGACGUUUAAAUAUAACGCGCGUUGAACAUAUUGUUGCUGAAUGUUCAGAUGAAUAUAUGAAAGUUGUUGUUCGUUUUAAUGGAACAUUUACUGGUCUUAUUUAUAGUUCUGGUUAUGUUCAUGAUCCAAAAUGUAUUUACAUUAAUGGAUCUGGUCGUAGUCAUUAUGAAUUUUUUAUUCGUUUAAAUCAAUGUGGUACAUUAGGUCGACAAGAAAUGUAUCAUCCAUCAAUGCCCGGUGAAGCACGUAGACGUGAUCAUUUAAUGUGGAAUACAUUAUCAAUUCAAUAUAAUUCAUUGAUUGAAGAAGAAUUUGAUGAACAUUUUCGUUUAACUUGUGAAUAUGGUAGUGAUUUUUGGAAAACAGUUUCGUUUCCAUUUGUUAAUGUUGAAGUCAAUACUGGUAGUCCGGUCGUGUUUACUAUUAAUCCACCACAAUGUCAAAUGGAAAUUCGUCGUGGAUUCGGUAUUGCUGGAACACGUACUACAGGUCCGGUUACUGUUGGUGAUCCAUUAACAUUGUUGAUACAUAUGAAAAGUGAAAAAGUUGGUUUUGAUAUUUUGGUUAAAAAUUGUAUAGCACAUAAUGGUGCACAACAACGAUUACAAUUAAUUGAUUCGAAUGGAUGUGUUACGAAUGAAAAACUUAUCAGUCCAUUUCGUGGUACAUAUAAAGCUGAUAAUGGACAUCAGGUCAGUUUGUUUGCCUAUCUAAAAGCAUUCAGAUUUACUGGAUCAUUAGCAUUAUAUCUUGAAUGUGAUAUUCAUAUGUGUCACAAUCGUUGUCCGCCACAAAGAUGUUAUUGGCGAAACUUAUCGAAACGAUCGGCAAAACUUCAAAGUUUUGAUUCGGUUCUGAAUACAACCGCAACACCGAUAUUAUCGGAAAGUAUUUCGUUGGUACAAGCACUUGAAGUUCAUCAUGAUCAAGAUGAUGAAACAAUUUCUCAAUCAAGUAAAGCUGAACUAGAUAAACAAAAUGAAGAAUUGGUUUGUUUACGGCCUGUCGGUAUUAUUUUGAUGAUAUUAUUUCUAAUGAUAUUAUUAACAAUAUCAUUGGGUACAUCUAUUCGUUAUUGGAUACGAAUGAGAAAAUUAAAAUGUUUACAACAUAGUUUACAACAUAAUGAUUAUCAUAAAUCAACAUUAUUGUCUACGCCAACAUCAUCAUCAUCGUUAGAUUAUCGUAAUCAUCAUCAUCAUCAUCAACAACAUAAUCAAUCGGCAACAAAUACACCACAAACCAUACGUUCAAUGAGUGAUUUUUCCGAUACUCCAAGUUCGGUAUCCGUAUUUCCGUAUCGUGGCCGUUUUUGUAGAUUUACUUAGGAUAAUGAAGAUUUUUAUUCAAAUUUGAUCAAAAUUUCGAAUUACAAAUAUUGUAUACAAAAAAAAUAUUUAUUGGAAAAACAUAUCGCGAACACAUUACCAAACACAUAUAUUUGAUUUAUGCAUCUCUUUUUUAUUAGCCGAA